AUGGAAAACAAUAGCCAGAACCAUCACCAUCAACACCAUGGUUUCUCUGCCAAAUCGAGUAGUACUAAGGAGAGAAGGGGUCUCGACUUUGAUUUAAACGAACCCAUAAUUGAUACAAGCUUUGAGACUUCUCCUCCUCUGGUUCCUGCUGAUAACAUUAAUAAUUGCCUGGUGGAAAUGGAAGGGUGCCAACCUCUUGCUCCUCCCACACAAGACGUUGCUGAACAAGUACACUCCUCCAAUGAUGCGGAAAAGGUGAAGUUUCGAUUUGAUCUUAACGCUAAACCUGAUGAGGAGGAGGAAGUUAGUGCCAAAGUUGGUGGAGGGAGUGAAACACAUGCUGCUGUAUCUGAAUCAGCUGACAACGUUGGACCUGACAAUGGUUUGGAGCUCACUCUUAAUAAUGAUGUUCAUCCAACACAUGCUGCUGAUGACAGUGAUUAUGAAGAAGACAGAGCCAGUAUUGGGGAAGGAGGAUCUGACACUGAGAACAGGAAGAGGAAGAGAUCUUUGGAGGAAUAUAAGAAAGGGACUGGGAAGUCUUUCCAUGGGGAAACAACAGUGGUGGUGCAAUUUGAGAGCAAAAACGAGACCAUAUUGGAUGAUGGAUAUAACUGGCGAAAAUAUGGCCAGAAGGUUAUCAAGGGACAUACAUACCCUAGAAGGAAACGUCACCAGAUACAGCUUGUGGAUGAUGAAGAAGAUGAAGACGAAGAUGAAGAUGAUGGCCUAAUGACUUUUCAAUUUGCUGCGACUGGGAAUUUUCUGAAUAACCCAAACCCUGCAGAAACUGAUCAAGUUCACACACUUCAACUUCGUAAUGACAUGAAUCCUGAUCAAUUUGCCAAUGGGUUUCUGAGUCCCAAUAACCAUUUUGGAAGUUUCAACAAUAAUAUAAACAUGAAUAUUGGGUCUUCUUCCUACACCCCCCAAAUGCAUUAUUAUUCUUCCUUGAAUAAUACUAAAGCCAUGCCUCAAAGCUCCUAUGGACUCAACUUUGGCAGUGAUGCUGCCCCUCAACCUGGGCCUUCCGGGGUACCAGGUGCAGGAGAUAAUUAG